UAACAAUUAACACACAAUAGAAGUCUCACGUAAAAACGCUCUUUAGAAGGUGAUUGAUCUGUCGAGAAGGUUGUGGAAUCUCCCAAAGUGCUCAUCAAAUUCAUUGCCAAUUUCGACACAAAUACUACACGACUUCAUCAAUUGAGGUGAGAGAAGCAGAGAAGAAAUCGAAAGAAGAAAUCGAAGGAAGAAACAAAAAUGGCUCAAAACCCUCAAUUAUUUUCUAAUGGGAUGCCCGUCCCCUUUUACGGCGAACUGUUUGUGUUAGCCAGAGAUGGUGUCGAGUUCGAAGUCGAUAAAAUCUCCGGGAGCGGAAAAGUGAAAGCCAAGGGAACUAUCUACUUGUCAAAUGUGCGCAUGGUAUUUGUUGCAAGCAAGCCUGCUGGGAAUUUUUAUGCAUUUGAUAUGCCUUUGUUACAUGUUCAUGCUGAGAAAUUCAACCAGCCAAUUUUUCAAUGCAAUAAUAUAUCAGGAAAUGUGGAACCGGUUGUUCCUGAAACCGAGAAUAGGGCUCUGUACUCAACCCACUCAUUCAAAAUUCUAUUCAAGGAGGGCGGCUGUGGCACCUUUAUCCCAUUGUUCUUCAACUUAAUCAAUUCUGUGAGGCAGUACAAUCAACAUGUUGCACCUGUGUCAGAGCCUCGUGUUGAUCCACUACGUGCAGCACAGACUCCUGUGGAUGAAAUGAUGAGACAUGCGUAUGUUGAUCCAAAUGAUCCUUCUAAGAUCUAUCUGCAGCAGCCUACACCAGAGUCGAAUUUGAGGCGGCGUACAUACCAUUCGCAAGGUGAUAACACUAUGUAGUGCUAUUUUGUUAUUCUGGAAGGCAUAUCAACUUAUAAUGAAAUCUGAAAUGCUCUCCUGGCUUGUCAAUACGUCUUCCAUGCUCUUUUUUUCAUCUUUUUUGUGGAGUUUGGAACUUGUAUUAUACGCACGUUGUUGGCUUUGUUAUAAUGUCUUGUAUAUAUUGUUGCACAAUUUAUAAAUUCCAUAGCUUUUGGAUAUCA